GUCGCAGCUGCCGACAGCUCUUUGACCUUCAAUACCAGCCGUAAACUGGCCGCAUUUUGAGUCACUUGAAUACACGAGGCGUGCGACUGCAGGACCGAGUUGUCUCUCUUGUUCGACGAGCUGCAUACCCCGCGCGCCGGUUGUCCGCCAUGGCUGAGGAACGGUCCAAGAUAUUAUCGCUGCGUAGUGGAGGGAAGAGGAAGGCCCGGCCAGCCAUCAAGAUCUCUGCGCCCAUCUUGCAAGAAGGCUCAGGCCUGCAAGCCCCCUCGGAGCGUCCGUCAGCAGAGGAUGCGCCUCAGCCUCGGCCCCGACCCCCGCCGCAGAGUAGCGCCAAAACUUCGGAUCUUGUCAAGCGCCGGUACUCGACACGUUUCAACAAUAUUCCGCCCGACUUUGACCCGACCAAGGACCCCGUGCCAGCCGUGCCCAGUCUCGAUCGAUAUGUGCAAUCCCAGGCCCAGGAUCGCCGGCCGCCACCGUCGAGAGAAGGGCGAAGCGAAGGUGGGAGCGGUGGGGCCCCAAUUCCGGUGGACGUGAGAGCACUUCGGGAUCCGAACCUGGUCCCUGAGCAGUACGUCACCGAGAUCCUCAGCGAGGCCACCGAGGACGAGAUUCGCGAGUACGAGUCGGCUCUGCGUAAGCUCAAGCGCCGCGUGUCGACCGACCUCCAGCAAAAUGUCUACCAGAACCGCACGCAGUUCAUCAAGAUCAGCAAGGAGGCGGAAAAGCUCAAGAGCGAAAUGCGCACCCUCAGGAACCUGAUGGCGGAGUUGAAGGCCAACACCACCGCCCUACGGUCAUCCUCCAACAGCGUGGAGGACGCCGGUUUUGGCGGCCAGAUAGGCGCGGGAUUGAGCAGGAGGGACAAGCGGAGCUCCGUAGCCGAUAGGACCGCGCUCUGGAGCGCUCAGAUGCAGGCCCUGUACAAGAACGUCGAAGGCUCGCAGAAGUUCCUCCCCAACGUACCAGGCCGCCAUGUCGUUCAGAACGCGGGACCGUGGGUGGAGUUGGACAAUGCGACCUACAGAUCCCGUCGAGCGAUGCAGAUCUUCCUGCUGAACGACCACCUCCUCAUUGCCUCGCGAAAGAAGCGCAAGGCCGACGCGCCCGUUGCCCCCGAUAGCCGUGCCCCCAUGACGAAGCUCGUGGCGGACCGCUGCUGGCAUCUCCUGGACGUUGAGGUGGUGGACAUGGCCGGGCCGAGCGACUCCUCGUCGAGCGGUAGGAAUAAGCUCGCCGAUGCCAUCAUGGUCCGGGGCGGCGGGCAGAACGAGUCCUUCAUCUACCGCACCGAAAAGGCCGAGGAUCCGGAGAAGGCAGCCCUGAUCCUCAACAUCCGGAAGCGAGUGGAAGAGCUGCGGCGGAACCUCCAGUCCGAGAGGGAGGCCACCAACAAGGCCAAGGAAACCAUCAACUACUUCGCCUCGCGCGAUCCCGGCCUGCUGCAGAAGACGGAGCUGCUCGAGACCCUGUCCGACAUCAAGGACAUGCUGAUCGAGGUGGACGGCAAGCAGCAGAACCUCCGGUGGGUUGAGAGCCAGAUGGACGAGCUCGACAUCCACAUCGCCCUCCAACAGAUCGAGCCAGCCGUCACUCUCGUCGAGAAAAUGAAGGGUCUGGCGCAGGGCCUGAAGAAUAAUAUCAUUGCGCAGGACUUUAUCUCGUUCAAGGUCGACGAGAGGAGGGCCAAGUUGGCGGCUCUGGUUGUACGGGAACUCGUCAGCAGCCACAAUCAUCAGACCAAGACCAAGCAGAACGUGUCUUGGUUGACCCGGUUGGGCCUCGAAGACCGGGCACGCGAAGCAUAUCUGGAGGCACGGAGCGAGACGAUCCACAAACGAUCCAGGCAAUGCAUCUUCCAAGGUAACCUAGACCAGUAUAUCUGGGAGAUCUCGUUUGUUUACUUCGCUAUCAUCCGCAACACCGUCAGCUGCUUCCAGGCGUGCUUCCCACCGCCAAUGAUGAGCGCCUGUGUCAAGUGGGCCAAGCAGGAAGUAGACGCCUUCAACGCGAUUCUCGCCCGGCAACUGAGCGGCGAGAAGGAAGGAAGCGAGAUGUGGACUCGGUGCAUGGAGACGGCCAAAAGCCAUGCCGGCAUGCUCUCCGAAGUUGGCCUAGACUUCCGGAACCUGGUCGGCCAGAACAUGGCCGCGCCAACCGAUGUGUCGUCGUCCAGCGCGCCGGCCGGUUUAGGGCUGGUUAUGAAUGUGCAGGCCGCUUAGCUACUUGCCUAAGGCGCCCCGGGGGGAGAGGGUUUCUGUUGUUAGCACUUGAGAUGAUGCAACAUCACUACAGAUCUUGUAUGAAACAUAUACGCUAGACAAGUUACUGAAGAAGGAAAAGAUGGAGUUCAUGCGCCAG